AAUGGCUGGAUAGAUGAAUGGAUAGUUGUGUGUGAUUUUCGCGAACCUCGCCUUUCUGAAACGCAAUUUCCGGUAUUUGGUGCUCUUCCGCCGGUCGCGCGCAUGCACAGGCCUCUUUACGACUUGGCUGGCAAAGAUGGCGGAUGCACAGACUGAGAGGGCUUAUCAGAAGCAGCCCACCAUCUUCCAGAACAAGAAACGUGUUCUGGUUACGGAAGGUGGCAAGGAAGCUAAGGAAAAGAUCCCUCGCUACCACAAGAGUGUCGGGCUUGGCUUCAAAACCCCAAGAGAGGCUAUUGAAGGCACUUACAUUGACAAGAAAUGCCCCUUCACCGGAAAUGUCUCAAUCCGUGGCCGUAUCCUCUCUGGUGUGGUGACCAAAAUGAAGAUGCAGAGGACCAUUGUCAUCAGACGUGACUACCUGCAUUACAUCCGCAAGUACAACCGCUUUGAGAAGAGGCACAAGAACAUGUCUGUCCACCUCUCACCGGCCUUCAGAGAUGUCACAGUUGGAGACAUUGUGACAGUCGGAGAGUGCCGACCACUCAGCAAAACUGUGAGGUUCAACGUCCUCAAAGUGACAAAGGCUGCUGGAGCCAAGAAGCAGUUUCAGAAGUUUUAGGUGUGCAAGACAGUUUGGGACAAGACAGCCUCUUUGAGAUGACUUGUUGUACUGUCAAAAUAAAACCCCAAAAAAAAUUCUGUAAA